CCCCAGACCCUGCGCAAGCGGGAGCUACAUGCACUGGGGCUGCCCCUUUUUUUUAGAAUGCAUAUCCAAUAUGAAGAAGUGGAUUGAGCGCAGACGUGUGAUACAAUUUCUUAAGGGUCUCAACUCUGAAUUUGAGGGUCGGCGUGCUACUAUGUUCCAUCAGCCUACUCUCCCUACUUUGGAGGAAGCAAUAGCUGCUAUUGCACAAGAGGAGGUCAGGCUGAAGGUGAUGAAAAGCAAUAUAGUAACUCCAUCUCGACCCGCCUUCAUAGUAACCAGGAGCAAUGAGACCAGAGAGUGUUUCAAUUGUGGUGAGGUGGGACACUUGAGUCGUGAUUGUGAUGCCCCGCGCAAGCCAACCCGUGGGCGGGGGAGAGGAAAUGACCGAGGCCGGCCAAGAGGAUUUAGAGGUGGAGUUAGAGGUCGAGGAUAUAUGAUUGGCCACAAAGCAAAUGUGGCGGUCCAAGACGAGCAAUCAUAUGACAAAGUUCAGGUCUCCGCAAAAGAGUUAGAAGAGUUGAGGAAACUAAAAAAAAGGAUGGAGAGUAUGGGUGGUAAAGACCAAAGGGACUCCACAUUUGGUGAUUUUGCUCACUUUGCCAAUGCUAAUGAAGGAGAGGCGAACAGGGAGGAAGCUUGGGACUGGAACCAGGCGUAAUGGGCUAUGGUACAUGGAUCAUGAGGUGCCAGAUAACGCAUUGUGUACGGUGCUGGCAGUAAUGAUGGGAGAGUGAUACGUGUAGUAAGGAGUGUGUUGAGGGGUUGGGGUAUUCUCCUUUCCUCCUCUCCCGCGACCGCGCCGCC